CAGACACACUCACCAGUCUCUCUCUCUGGCACACACACAUGCACACACUCCGCAGCCUGGCAGCUCACACGGCCAGCUCACACGGCCAGCACACUCCAGGAUGACUCUGCACUGAGACGCAGCACUGUGGUCAGUUUGUUAAAGUAUCGGUUGCAAUCAUGCCCAUUCUAAAAAAGCUCCCAGGAAGAUCCAAAAGCUGCCACGAGUUCCCCAGGGUGAACGGAGAACUGAUCCUCCCUCGGCUAGACUUGGACCUGAGGGACUUGAAUGAUCUCAAUGACCUCAAAGAGCUGAACGACCUGAAGGGUCUUAACAAAAACCUAAAUCCCUUUGAGGAUGUCGACCUGGAAGAAGAUGAGAGGAAUGGCGGUGAUCUGGGCCUCAUCAUGGGGGAAGUCAGAGGUAACCUCCAGCUCAGGUCCUCCCAUGAUGGAGAGGAGGAGGAAAACGAAGUGAACGCAGAGAGGCAUGGAGCGGGGAACCCCAAAGGGAAGCCACUCAGAGGGACUCUGGAGCGCAUCUGUGGAGUGUCACCCCUGAAAACCCUUGGAAAACUUGGGAAAGGACUCCGCAAAUCAGGACGAAACGUGUGGGGGAACAACUCCCCCCACUACAACUCUGGAGACUCAAAUACACUCCCAGCUGAGAAAGAGAAAAGAAAAGGACUACGAAGAAGCUCUGAGGGGAUAAUGACCCUGCUCCGAUUCACAGGUCGGCGUAAGGAAGAGCGCAGAGAAAGCCUGCCCUGCGGAGACCUGAACACAGUAAACGAGGCGGAGGGAUCCAGGCGAUCAUCUUUCCUCAGGAUAGUCAGUCUGGGCAAGCUGAAGAGAGAGUCCAUGUCCGACAAGGCAUCCCAAGAGACUGAAGAGGAAACGGUGGAGGAGGAACCAGUGGUGAAAACCAGAGAGCCCCUUUCAGUUCUGGAGAUCCUGCAGCUGGUUAACCACAGGGACCUUCUCCUGGCUGACACACACAUACAGGAGCUGGAGCGAGAGUGUGAGCUACUCUCUCUGAUGCCAGCUGCAACUCCUCCCACUCUUACUCCCACCCUGUUUUCCAGCACCCCACCUGGCUUUAUGCCUUUAUCAUCCUCAUCUCUAGACGAGUCCCUUAGCUCCAAUGCAACCCUGGACUCAAGCAGAAGGAAGGCUAAGGAUGUGGAGCUGUUGUAUGAAGCUCUGCAGAAGGAGAUGUGGGAUGUAGUGCGAGAGUCCCUCCGCCAGCCCAGCGCUGGACCCAACCUAGGUCUGGUGGUGCUAGUAAUCCAACAGGAGGAGCACGCCGACGCUGCCUGGGCUCUGAGAGAGGACACCAAGCCAGAGCGAGAGAACCCCCACAUCCAGCCCAGCCAGCGUCCCCGGCGGCUGAAGAUGAAAUGGAGGCAGGCAGUGGCAGAGGCUGCAGACUGGAGUCUGCCUCAUCAGGUGGACACCCAGGUAGGCCAGCUGGCCUCAUACCUGGAGCAGCUGAGGAGUCGGAUGGUAGACGACCUGGAUGCAGCCAAGAGGAACGCUGUGUCCAUUUAUCCAGAGGAGUUUGUCGCCUUCCAGGUGUACUUGGAAAGUUACCAUCGAGCUGUGGCCAAACGUCUUCGGACUAUCACAAGUGGGCCACUGCAGAUCACAGAUGUUUACUCACUACUGGACUGGUUCUACAACAUCUACAACAGGGAUGUCCUGGGCACCAUUGGCAGCACAUCUAUUAAUUACUCAACACUGGAUCCUAUUCUGUCCCAAGAUACAGUGGACAGGCUGGAACAAGACUGCAUCAGUAUAGUCAGAGACAAGGUGACAACAGAGCUGAUCCAGGUUCUGGAUGAAGAGGAGAGGCGAUGGGCCCAGACUCUGCACAUAGAGGAGUAUCAGUCACAGCUAGCACGCUCGGUGAUCCAGAGGCUGAAGGUGGACUUGGACAGAUCCACAUCUGUGAGCCAGUUUCUGGGUGCCAGAGUGGCUCGCUGUUGUCUGAUUGGACUGGCGGACUUUCUCUACAAUUUCCAGAGGAAGGUGGAGAUGUUUCAUGACACUCAGGCAGAAUUUGGAGACAGAGGGGACGGAUACGUUUCCAGGACCAUAGCUCUGGUCAACUGCUGCCCUCCUCUCAGGUGUUUUGUGGAGCGUUGCCGGCAGUGCGACCCCCAGGGCAGCGAGGAGUCGGUGCAGCGAGCCAACGCCUCCCUGGACAGGAUCAUCAGCCAGUCCGUCAGAGUGCUGACUGACAAGCUGUUUGAGCACAUCAGGCCUUUCUUUGACAAACUGGUAAAAAGAAAAUGGCUGAACAACACAGAGGCCUUUGAGGCAAUCGAGGCAAGCAUAAAGCAGCACUUCAAAAAGUUUAAAAGGAUGGAUAUUCCUCCGUAUCAGACACUAGUGGGUGAGGUGCACAGGCGGGUCCUGGUGGAGUAUGUUCGAGCCAUCAUGCGAGGACGGGUCAUUUGCACAUCCUCCAAGAUGAGGAAGAGGAUGGCUUUCCGUCUGCAAGAUGAAGCCAAGCAGCUGAAAGGACUCUUUAAGGAUCUGGAAUCAAACUCCUCCUGGCUGGACAGCAUCAUCUGCCACCUAGCUGACAUCAUUCUGCUGGAGGACACUCCCUCCAUCCAGAUGGAGGUGGCUGUCCUGGUGAAAGAGUUCCCAGACAUAAGGAAGAAGCACGUCUCCACCUUGCUGAAUGUGCGAGGAAUGAUGCGGCAGGCGGAGCGACAGGAGAUCCUCAAUGUCGUCAAAGACUUUGAAUGCAGCAGUGCCCUCGUUUGCCGGGACAACACCCUCUUCUCUGACAUCCCCAUCACCUCGGAGGUGCACUGCAUCAGCCUGGGAUUCCUGCGCCUCGCCAUGACCAUCUCCAACUGGUUUGCAGAGCACCGGCCAAGGCGAAACAGCAGGACAAGCUCCAAAAACACAGCGCAGCAGGCUGCCGAGAACGUGGAAGAAACACACUAACUUCACAGAGAGGAUUAGAUAUUCGUGUUAGCUGUGAGGAUACUGAUGAGAUGCACCUUGACCAAAAAGUGAUUACAUAGAUACCAAAUAUCUUUACCAGCUACUUAAAGGAAACUUGAUCUCAGGUACUGCUUGUACUUUAUGGUCUCACUGACAUUUUUCCAUUUCUACAGAUGCUCUUCUUGGUUUUGAAAAUGUGAAGCAGGCCAUGCAUUUUAACAGCUAACCACGAUUUGUAUAUUUCUGGUAUUGACUUACACAAAUAGAGAAGUAUUCAGGUGGUAUAAAGCAUCAUGUUCCUCCAAAAUGUUGUUAAAAGAUGCAAUGCAAUAUGAUCUACAAUGUUUAUUUACCUAGCCAUACUGUAUAUCCCAUUUUUUUGGUAUAUAGUCCACAUGUGUAGUACUAUUCAGAAUUUACAGACAGUUUUAGAUUCCACAUCACAAUACCACCCAUAUCAUAACUUUACCCAAAGUCCCUCUGCAGCAUAACGUUUAGCUAGAGAAUGAUGAAGAUCUCUCUUCAGAGAGGGUGAAGAGAGAUGGGCUGGCCCCCACAGAGUUCUUGAGUUCAUGAGUGACUUCAUGAAGUCUGGAUUUAAAGGACUGUGGCAUGCUUUCCAUUACAUUUGGAACAGCAAUAAUUUGUGUGCAAGUGUACCGAGGAGACUUGGGGCAGUUUUAAAGGCAAGGUUGAUUUUUUUUACUGCACUUUGCUUGAAGUUAACUGAUGAAUAAAAACUAUUACUUGCUUUAUUCUUGAGAGAAUCCUUGGUUUGCUUUGGUGCCUAAAAGGAGGGAAAUGAAAAUGAGUUGAACUCUCACUGUGAAUGAAAUAGAUCCAUUUCUGGAAACAUA